AAUUUUAUAAUUAAUUAUUGGUGUUAAUUUGAUUUAUCCGUUUUAUUUAUGAAUUAAUAUAAUUUAUAAUAAAUCACAAGGUGCAUUUAUUAUUUAUACAUAUAAUUUGUGUAUUAAAAACUCAAUGUUUACAAGUUUAUCCUAUCUAAAGAAACAUACACCAGAAAAUGGAACUGACCGUGAAAGUUAUUUAUCAUUACUCGUAGACGAAUUUAUUAAUUCUUCUUCUUACGAUGCUAAGUGCCAAGUGCUUGCAAAUUUAGCUAAUUUUGCUUAUGACCCAAUAAACUAUGGUUUCAUACGCGAUGUUGGAGUUUUAGACAUUUUUUUAUAUGUUAUCAAGAAUGAAACUAAUUCCAAACUUUUGCAAUUUGCAACUACAGGGAUUUGUAACUUGUGUCCAGAUCCCCUGAAUGCCGCUUAUUUAAUUAAACAUGAUGCUCUGAAACCUUUACAUGAUUUAUUGAAAUCUGAAGAGAGUGAAAUUGUUGCUGAUGUAAUUACUAUAUUUAUUUAUCUUUCUGAAGAGACAAAAACAUUACUGAACGAUUAUGAAAUCUCACAACAAAUGCAAAUAUUAAAAGAAUCUAAUGAUAAAGUGCUAUCACAUUUGGCCACAAUAUUUUUAGAGCAAGAAGCAGCUUUUAAGGCGGGUGAUAAAAUAAGAAUACAGAAAACAUUGACGCAAAAGGAUUUGGAUACAUUCUCAAAUCUUACAAGUGACCAUAAUUACUUGCACAAAAAUAAUGGUAACAAGAGGCCGAUAGUGCAUGGAGCCUUUCUAAAUGGCCUGGUGGCUGGUCUGAUUGGAACACAUCUACCUGGCCCGGGUACCAUUCUUGUCUCACAAACAAUGAAGUUUCCUAACAAGUGUUUUGUAGGCGAGAAGUUAACAAUUAGCGUCGAACUUGUUGAUGUACGAAAAUUGUUGAAAGUUAAAUUCUUCUGUGUCGUGGAAGAAGAAAAGAAGGUUGUAUUCGAAGGAGAAGCAAAGCUGAUGUUAAUAUGUAACUGUGAUGAAGUGAUUAGUUUAAGGGAAGAAAUUUGGAAAAAUAAUAAAAAAAAUCAUACCAAUCAUCAGAUCACAAUGCAAGGAAUCCGGCGGUUGGCGACGGUGGCCGCGUGUUUGUGGUUAGUUGCCGCGAUCGACGCCAGGCGCAAACUUAAGCGUGACCAGCACGAGAGCUUGAAGACUAUAGAUGUAAUUGACUUCGAUGAUGACGAUAGUGAGUUGGAGCCAUGUCAAUGCGGGGUGUUCAUGUCGCAACAAAUGGGCUUCAAAGAUGGCCGUCGGACGAAACCUCGUGGUCCGCCACAGGGAGAGCCCGUGGUCACAUACGACACUGAAGGUCCGAUCCUACCAUGUGGUUCCAGCGGCUUCAAACAAUGCAUUUCUAAAUGCCUAGAUGUGAUUUUGAAAUAUUUGCCGCGUGCCGGCCCAGUGAUCUGUGGCGCGGUAGAGCGCGACGUGCACCGCGAGAGGGCGUUCCUUUUCAUUCGAAACUGCGGCGGCGACUGGAGUCCAACCAAUUUCUCUGCUGGCAAGGAGUUCUGCUGUACUGACGGGCAACACCACAAAUGCUAAAUACGAAUAAAUACAUGUAUUCUAUACAUUACACAAUAAUAUGGACCCCAGACUCCUAAUAUAUACACUAAAGACUCUACUAAUACUAGAUGUAGCUUUCGCUGUGUUUCAGCGACCAUAAAAUGUAAAGAAUAACUCUAAACCUUUGACAGGAUUCUUAUUAGAAAAUCCAAUUGGAUUUUGAAUAAGUAAUGACAUAACGUUAAUACUAAAUAGUAGCUGAUAAGUACUUUUACCUCAAUAAAAUAUAAUUAAAGUAGUAAACUUAGAUGCAAUUAGUAAUUACAUAGUAAAAUAGUACAGUACAAUACGAAGUUUAUUGUUCUAAGAGUUUACAUCACAUUGUAUUAAUUAAGUUAAUAAAAAUGUAUUUUAACAUACAAUAAA